AUGACUGAGAACGAAGCUGCAACAGCGCGUCCGAAUGAAAAUGAUUCGCCUCCUGAAGUGGUAUCUACGGAUUCUCAUGAAGCGGCUCCUAAUCAGGAUCCGCCCUCUGGUGCACCUAGCAAUAUUCCUACAACCGAGACAGAGCCAGAGCCCACUCAACAACCUCCUGCAGAUCUUUUUCAAUCUUUACAACAGCCUUUGCCCCGUUGGAUGAAUCCGCCUCCAAAAUUACGUUCGCGCUUCAAUAGAUACCUUCAUAAAAUGUUUUCUCGUCUUUGUCAAUUUACUAUAAUUAUUAUAGUCAUGUGUAUUCUACUCACUAUUUAUAAAUACAAAGUCGAUAUCGACCAAAGUGAUUUUUCUCAUCUAGAAUUCGAUUGGGAGAGAGUGAAUCCUGCUUCAUAUUUAACACCAAUGGAUAAUCCUUUUAAAUAUAAUAUUUUACUGGAUGGACAUUCUCAUACUACUUAUUCUGAUGGACGGAUGAAGCCAGAGCAAUUGUUAAAAUGGGCAAUAGCCAACGGGUACAAUGCUAUUAUCGUAAGCGAUCACAAUACCAUCGAUGGUGCAUUGGAAGCUCAAAAAAUUGCAAAAGAGAAAUAUAACGACUCGAUUGUCGUAAUCCCAGGAAUGGAAUAUAGGAUACAUAUGCAAUUCAUUGGCAUUCAGUCAAAUCCUUUUGGACCUUUUAAUAAGCCCUACCCUACGAACGAAGAUUUGAAGGGCAUGAUUGAUAAGGUUCAUGAAAUGGGUGGUUUAGUAACCGUAAACCAUAUUCCUUGGAGUAAUAAAACAGAACGGAAACAUCAAGUUCCUACAUUACCAGAUCAUCCUACAAGGGAAGAACUUUAUGAAAUGGGUGUUGAUGGAUUUGAGAUCAUUAAUGGAGACGUCUUCGACUUUGAAACUUACUUGUUUGCUGAAAAAUAUCAAACUCUUAAGAUUUCCGGUUCAGAUGUUCAUCAUCCAUCGGAAGCUGCAUAUGCAUGGACUUUGUUGAAUGCACCCAAUAUAACUUUUGAAGGCAUAAUGUCAGGAUUACGAGGGAAAGAGACAACAUUUUUAUUCGAUGCUACAGGAACAAGACCACGUUACUACCCCGCUGAUAAUAAGGAAUACCUUGCUUUAUUACCAAUAACUGCAUUAGCAAAUGCAGUGACCUCAUUUUAUGAUGAUUAUAGAGGAAUGGUUUCUUUCCAAGGUGGAUUUUGUCAUGAAAGAAACUCAACACAUCCGGAUUUGAAGUAUCAUUACAUCGCACAUACCUCAAUUGAUGUUAUUGAAGAACGGGUCAGUACGAGUCCGGAAACAUCUGAUACUUAUCUUGGAUUGCUAUACGCGAUGGAAGAUUUGGCCAUAUGGAUACCUAACAAACACCCGAGUAAAGUUUGUGGUGGUCCUGUAUGUAAUCCUUUUUACAAUCUGGAUGGUAAGAAAUCAAUUGUUAGUAAAAGAUUUGUUGCAGCCAUUGAUGCCAUUGGAAAAAUGACUGGUGAAGAAGUUAGUAGCAGUAGUCCAUAA